AUGGACAGCGUUAACUUAAAAUAUUAUGCUGGAUGGAAUGUUCGGAUUAUUCCUAAAAUUGAUCAGCUGCUUAUGACCUUAAUGAAGCUAACGCUUAACCUUCCACAUGAUGAUUUGAGUAUAAGAUUUAGUUGCAGUACAGCUACAGUAACGAAUAUUAUAAUGACGUGGAUCUAUGCUCUACAUAAAGUCCUUUUCAAGAAUUUAAUGAAAACUAUACCAUCGAGACAACGGAAUCAGGCCUGCCUUCCUAUUGCUUUUACAAAUUUUAGGAAUUGUAGGAUAAUUUUGGAUUGCACUGAAAUUUACUCAGCAGUUCCAGCAAGCAUGGAAAAUCAGAGAUUGACCUACAGUUCAUACAAACACCGAAACACAUGGAAAAUAUUGGUAGGAGUUGCACCAAAUGGUGUAAUCACCUUUGCCAGCAAGGCUUUUCCAGGCUCUACAUCUGAUAAAAAAAUUAUUGAGGAGAGUAGAGUUCUGGAUCAGAUGGUGGCUGGAGAUUUGAUAUUGGCAGAUAAGGGUUUCUUGAUUAAAGACCUUCUUCCUGCAGGAGUAUCAUUAAAUAUCCCCCCAUUUUUAACUACAGCACAGUUGAUAGAAUCUCAGGUAUAUGAAACGCAGCAGAUUGCAAAGGCUAGGAUUCAUGUGGAACGGGCCAUUAGGAGGAUAAAGUGUUAUAAUAUUCUCCAGCAAGUUCCAUCAUAUUAUAUAUCUCAAAUUUCAAUUAUUUUUCAACUGUGUGCGACUCUCACAAACUUCCAAUAUCCUCCAAUUAAAGAAGUUCAGGAGUAUUUUUGA